AUGCCAGCUCCAGCUACCACCACCUCAGUAGACGAACAGACUCUCAGCGUGAUAGAUCACUUGACUAAGAGCUACGAUAACAAGUCUGAAAUAGACUCUACUCUUAUCGAUGACUACAUCACUGUUCUUGGUAGUAUCGAUCUUUUAGGUGCUAUAGCCGAUUUCAUUCCUAUUAUCAACCAUAUAUUGACAGAUAAUCUCUAUCACCAAAUCGAUCCCAACCGCUUGCUUAUAGAAUUACUUCAGAAAAUUGUAUCCCGUCUAAGCUUCGGUCAAAUCGUUCUGGUCUACUCACCAGAGUUCAUUGUUUCAAGUCUUGCGAGUUCGGAUAAUGUUCCUAUUACUAAACUCUGUUUGCUGAUUAUCAUUCAAAAACUUCAUGAACCAGAAACAGUACUGUUCAUAGCCGAAAAUUGCAUCUCAUUCAUUUUGCUUAAGAACUACCUUUCCGAUGCAAAAUUGGAUCUUGGAAUCGUCAACCAAAUCGAACUUUACGUCAAUCUGUUGAUCCUCAACGAUGUCACAAAUCUCCUCGAAGAAAUUCUAACAGACACUAAGUUCGUAAUUCUCUACAAUUCCAUAAGAAAUAGCGAGAACACUAUUCUUCUUGCUCGGUUGUUGGACUUUAUAUUGAUUCUUUUGACAUAUAAAGUAGACCUUCCAUUGGAUCCACGUUUGUAUACUUUUUCAAAUGUGGAAAUAGUCACAUUCAAGGAUGAUCCCUUAUUUCUCAUUCUCCUUGUCCAAUUUUAUGUCAAAUUGGUCCAGUUCUCCGUGUUGGAAGAAGUGUCUCCAGUAAUUGGCAACUUUGUCAACCUUUACAAGGAUCCAACGACUGACGAUUUCGUGAAGGUGGAAGUUAUUGAUAUACUCGUCAAAUUGUCCUAUGCUACUAAUUCUCUUUUAAUUGAGUAUGGACUUGAGUUGGCUUUGAAUUCCGAGUUGUUCAAAAGUCACAAUCUAAUCAAAGUUUACGAAUACAAUGAACCAGACAUCAAACUUCUCAGCAAUGUCAACCCGGACUUAAUUGUCCAUUCUAGCAAUGUAAUCUAUGAAGAUGUGUUGUCUAACUUAUCGCUAUUGAACAAUAAGCAGUAUUUUCCAAUUCUAUUGAACUUUAUAGGUUCGACUGAUGUGUUCCCACGUCUUGAACAAGACUAUUUCACGACAAAGCUCAAACAUCUUCCUGCUGAUAAGCUCUACGUAAUACUAUUGGAGUUUUCAAAGUUUUCACAUUCUAGAAAGUUUCUCCUUAGUAAUGCCACUUUGACCAACGACUACUUGUUGGACAAUGAUAAUUUAACUUUUGUCAAUAACGAGCUCUGGCACACUAAAUUACAGGUAUUGGAAAACUUGGUAAAUGCCACUGAUUCAGAUUCGCCUGAGUUAGCACAUUGGAAACCUUAUCUUCAAGAUUCGUUCAACUUGAUGAGACACGGCAAAAAGAUCAGGGAUGUCGUGCCACAGGUUAGCAUCUUGGACGAGACUUUGUAA